GCGCGACGCUGGGCACUGGCUGCUAGCGGGUUACGCGCCUCCGCUGGGCUGGGAUGCGCGGAUGAAGGCUGAGCUCUGCUGCCCGAGCUCCGCAACGCCCCAGGUCGGCCUUGCGCCUCGCAGCGCCGCGCCCACCCCGCCCCGCGGAGGGUGCGCCCUGGUCAGGCGAGGCCGAGAGGAAAAGGCGCCACUUGGAGCGUCGCAUCCUCUGUCAUCGCGGGAGGGAGUCGCAGAGCCCUUUGAGCCCCAUUCCUCUGGCGCCCAGGCGCUCCCUUCCCUAGACCACCUCGCGCCCGCCCCUAGCAGGGAGCCAAGGCCGGCGCCCCGCCCGGAGAUGGGCAGACGCGCAGAUGGCGCGGCUCCCGGCGGCGCCAGAUCUCAGGAACCCGGCGCCGGGGCGCUGCGCUGAGGCUCCCUCUUGGCGCGGCCCAGGAAGCCUGCAGGUGUCCUUGGCCAUUCGGCCACCGCCCGGGACACUCCGCCAGCACCCGGUGCCUGGCUCUUCAGAGCAGCCCCGCCCUCCAGGCUCUGCGCCGCGCAGGACGCCCCGUCUGAACCCCCCCUCGUCCCGGCGCGGCCCCCGCAGCGCUGCAUCCAGCCCGGCGCAGCUCCCGGCCACGGACGCAGGACCCAGGCUCGCUGCUGCGGGCGCGCUUGUUUUCCUGCCGCCUGGUCCUGAGCAACCCCCACCCGCUGGUCCGUCUCGCUCGACUCAACCCCGCCCGCCAUCGGUGCUCCGCGCUGGAUUUAUGAAUGGGGGGAACGGGCCACAUGCCCGCCACCGCCGCCUCGAGUUGACCGCACACUGCCCGGCCCCGCAGAGCUCUGGCUACCGUAGGAGCAUCCGCCCGGCCCCGGUAGCCGCUCCGAGGACUUGUUGCUGUUACGCUGCUGCCUCCGCCGCUGCCGCCGCCCGGAGAAACCCUGCCGCCUUCGGGCUCGCCGCGUUCUAGGAGCCAAAGGGUGGCCCGUGUGAGUGUGAGCGCGCGCGCCGCGGACCCUCGCAGUGCUCUGGGACUGUGCGCUUCUCUGCCUUUCUGGGGUCGGGGGGGCGUGUCCCCGGCCCAGAGCAUCCUUGUGCUUGCCCCUACCUCCUGGGACCCCGGACCCUUUGGUUUGAGUCCUCGACCCAGGUCUUCACCUCCUGCCUCCACUAGGUUCUGCCUGCCUAAAUCCCAACCACCUGUGCACCACAGAAAGCCAACUCUUCCUGCUCCGCGCCCCGGGGGGGUUGGGGGGGAGGCAGGGGCAGAGCCACUCCGCAGAAGGGGCCGCUACCACCUCCUGCCUCCUCCUCCUCCUCCACCUCCUCCUUGUCGUCUCCUCCCCCUCCCCGUUCUGACGCUGCCUCCUUGGGAAGGGUGUUUGGAGGGCAGCGGCCGCCCCAAGCCGGAGCCCCGCAGCGCUUCUUAUGAUCAGCUCGGUGUGUGUCUCCUCCUACCGCGGGCGCAAGUCGGGGAACAAGCCUCCGUCCAAAACAUGUCUGAAGGAGGAGAUGGCCAAGGGCGAGGCGUCGGAGAAGAUCAUCAUCAACGUGGGCGGCACGCGACAUGAGACCUACCGCAGCACCCUGCGCACCCUACCGGGCACCCGCCUUGCCUGGUUGGCGGAUCCCGACGGCGGGGGUCGGCCAGAGUCGGAUGGCGGCGGUGCAGGCAGCAGCGGCAGCAGCGGCGGCGGCGGCGGCGGCGGGGGCUGUGAGUUCUUCUUUGAUCGGCACCCGGGUGUUUUUGCCUAUGUGCUCAACUACUACCGUACGGGCAAGCUGCAUUGCCCCGCAGACGUCUGUGGGCCUCUCUUUGAGGAAGAGCUCACCUUCUGGGGUAUCGAUGAAACAGAUGUGGAACCCUGCUGCUGGAUGACCUACCGGCAGCACCGCGAUGCUGAGGAGGCACUGGACAUCUUCGAGAGCCCGGACGGGGGCGGGGGUGGCGCAGGGCCAGGCGACGAGGCUGGCGACGAUGAGCGGGAGUUGGCCUUGCAGCGCCUGGGCCCCCAUGAAGGAGGCUCUGGCCCUGGUGCUGGGUCCGGAGGGUGCCGUGGCUGGCAGCCCCGAAUGUGGGCGCUCUUCGAGGAUCCCUACUCAUCCCGGGCGGCCAGGGUGGUAGCCUUUGCCUCUCUCUUCUUCAUCUUGGUCUCCAUUACCACCUUCUGCCUGGAGACCCAUGAGGCCUUCAACAUUGACCGAAACGUGACGGAGAUUCAUCGGGUAGGGAAUAUCACCAGCGUGCGCUUCCGGCGGGAGGUAGAAACAGAGCCCAUUCUUACCUACAUCGAGGGUGUGUGCGUGAUGUGGUUCACUCUAGAGUUCCUGGUUCGCAUUGUGUGCUGCCCUGAUACGCUGGACUUUGUCAAGAACUUGCUCAACAUCAUCGACUUUGUGGCCAUCUUACCCUUUUACCUGGAGGUGGGAUUGAGUGGUUUGUCUUCCAAGGCAGCUCGCGAUGUGCUGGGUUUCCUGCGUGUGGUACGCUUUGUACGCAUCCUGCGGAUCUUCAAGCUCACACGCCACUUUGUGGGGCUGCGUGUGCUAGGCCACACUCUCCGGGCCAGCACUAAUGAGUUCCUGUUGCUUAUCAUCUUCUUGGCCCUGGGUGUGCUCAUCUUCGCCACCAUGAUCUAUUAUGCCGAGCGAAUUGGGGCCAGGCCAUCUGACCCACGGGGCAACGACCACACCGACUUCAAGAACAUCCCCAUCGGUUUCUGGUGGGCUGUGGUCACCAUGACAACGCUUGGCUAUGGGGACAUGUAUCCCAAGACGUGGUCAGGAAUGUUGGUGGGUGCGCUGUGUGCGCUGGCUGGUGUGCUGACCAUUGCCAUGCCCGUGCCUGUCAUCGUCAAUAACUUUGGUAUGUACUACUCCCUGGCUAUGGCCAAGCAGAAGCUGCCCAAGAAGCGAAAGAAGCACGUACCACGGCCACCCCAGCUCGAAUCGCCCAUUUACUGCAAGUCUGAGGAGACUUCACCCCGGGACAGCACCUACAGUGACACCAGCCCCCCUGCCCGGGAAGAGGGUGUGGUCGAGAGGAAACGGGCCGACUCUAAGCAGAAUGGCGAUGCUAAUGCGGUGCUGUCUGAUGAGGAGGGAGCUGGCCUCACUCAGCCCUUGGCCUUGGCCCCCACCCCUGAAGAGCGUCGGGCCCUGAGACGCUCAGGCACGCGGGACAGAAACAAGAAGGCAGCUGCCUGCUUCCUGCUCAGUGCUGGGGACUAUGCCUGUGCUGAUGGCAGUGUCCGGAAAGGCUGUGAAAAGUCCCGGAGUCUAAACAACAUAGCUGGAGCAGCAGGAACCAGUCUGGGGCUGUCUCCACUGGCAUCGCGGUACAGUUCGCCCUAUCCUCCAAGAAAGCUCCUGCUCUCGCCCCCCUUCCACCCUCUCACCAGCCCCCCACCUGGCCACUCAGGUCCUUAGCCACACCCACGGCCUUCCUCAGUUCUAACACGGGGAUGCACAUCUAAACUGGCAUGUUUACAUGCCACCCCAGCCUCUAUCCCUCCUGAGGUCUGAGAGAACAACAGACAGGAACUUCUGUCAGGAUGGAGAGUUUGAGUCCCUGAGCCAGACCUACACAGCACCAGGCUCCCGCAGAUGUUCAGCUAUGGAGCCUGAGUGCAAGGAAGAGAUACUCACAGGGCUCCUCCCUCAUAGCCAGUCUCCUGAACCACCGGUGCUCACACACUCAGGACCUGCAUCUCUGGGUUUCGCCCCCAGUUAAGGAGCUUGUAGGCCUUGCUGUGGUACAUGGAGUUUCUGGAGCUACUCAUGCUUGCCUGCGACUCAUACCUACAUUUGUAUUCUAAUCACAGACAUUUCAUUUGCAUUCCUUAUGGCCUUUAACUAAUAACCAAACAGCAUGUCUGUCUGUCUGUCUGUCUGACUAACCACCCCAUACCAAGAUCAGCAGGUAACAAGGCUGUCUCGUGGGGCAUCUCUGCUGGUGUAAAGGACAUGUGGCUGCUUAGAACAGCCACACCUGUGGCUAGAGCCACCGUGAGAAUGGGACCUGGUGUUUUCCAGCUGUGACAUGGGGCACAGGUGGGAGUUCCUAGAAUCCAAGCCACAGGCUUGGUGCAAGCCCUGGGCAGGGUGUCUAGGUGCAGGGAGGCCCUCCUCCCUGGGGCCUGUGCCCAGAUUCAGCGGGUGACACCCUGCGGCCCACCCAGCAUCCCAUCUGUGCCCCGCGCCGCAGCAUCUCUCCAUACUGCUUCCUCUUGCUUCCGCGACAGUUUGCUCCCUCUCACGCUCCCUCAGAUUCCCAGCCCUGCCUCUGAGUCACCUGCCACUCCCACCCAGCCUCUGCUCUGUAUUCCUGCCAGAACCAGAGACUCAUCUAAUUUCUAUAAUUAAGUGUAUUCAUUUACCUAACGAGCCCGGGAGCACAACAGGUUUGUGAGUCAUUGGGUGAGCAGGGGUACACCUUGCACAGGGCCAGCUGAGGGGAAGUGAGGAGACAGAAGCUAUCCCGCCCACACCUGCCACUGGCCACACCUGCUCCCAAUAAGCCCCCUCCUCAGCCUGGGGCUAAAGAACAAAAGCCACAGCCAUGAUGUUUCCUGUUUCACCUGAUGGGAAUUGACCUGACAGCAGGGCCACGUGCCUGGCAAUUUUAGAGUCAGGUUAUGCAACUUUGAAAAGGGAACAACUAAAGAAGGCCCAUAUUUGCUCCCUCCAGGGUAAUCAAGAGAUCUGGUGAAAUAGCUUUAGGGACCUGGCAGGAGACUGGGACCAAGGAGGGCAACUCAAAAGGUGGCUCAGGCUUAAGUGUAAGAUUGUUUCCUGUGGUCAGCGUGCAAAGCAUGUGGCAAACAUGUCUGUCAGCACUGAGUAAACACUGGAUGACCCUCUGAAAAGGUCUGUUAGAGCAGGCCCUGGGAUACUCCACUCGAGCUGUGCUCUAUAGGGCCUGCCUGCUGCUACUUGCUUUCAGAGUGAUGUGUCUUCUGAGAUACGGAGAUACAGAGAGGGGUUGUGGGCAGGGAAGCCUGUGGGGUAGGGUACGAUGCUAAGUCGAAAUGCAGCUCCUUGUAGCAGCAGGUUCACCCCACCCGGAAGGGCUCCUGGCCCUAGGAGACUGUGGUCCGACAGAGACAUGAUGAGCCAGGUGUCCAGUUUAGCGGUACCACAGCUAUUUUCUCUGACUUGCUGUUCUGGUUCGGGGAGCUAAGGCAGCUAUUUCUGUGGCAGCCCUCAAGUUGUCAGGAGCCCAAGUUUCCACGGCACCCACCGCCUCCUCCCCUCUUCCCUCCUACAGGGAUGGGCAUGCUCAUAGCACCCCUGUGGGGGGCACAGAUGUCCCUGGGCAACACAGUGCGUCUGCCAGGCUGAAGCCCCCAGUGCUUUGUUGGAGGGAUGGGCUCCUAUACGUGCCCUUCCCCCCAUCUCCUGGCUCAACAGGGAAGAGACAGGGACCCACUUAGUGGCAGAACUAGGUAUGUUAUCUGCCCUCGUGCUUGCCCAGGGUCCUAGGAAAGAAGGAAUGCAUCAUGGACAUAACCUCCAUAUAUACUAGUCCCCAGCCUAAGAGGUACAGUACAGCCUCAGGCCCAUCCAGGCCUUGAAUCUUCUUCACUAGCAGAAAAGUCUGUCCCACCCAGAGUCUGAGGACACAGUUAACAUUUCCUUGGGGCAGACUUGGAAUUGGAUCUGUUGCUUUGGCUUCUAGAAACUUGGCCCUGUAGCUGGGGGCCGGGCCCCUUCUUAAAGGGCAAGCAGGCAGCCCAGGAACGAACUCCUAGCCUUACCUUCCAGUCUGUGCCAGUACUACUGACAACCCUAGAGUUAGCUUCACAGCUCAACCUUUAAGACAGGUGGCUGUGACAGACCACCAGUGGGAAGGCAACUGUUCAACUACAGCUAGGGGGAUGGUGAGUACUGGCUCAGGCUGCCAUUCACAAAGUAUCUAAGCAAGAAGGGCUCUGGUCAGUUUCCCUCAGAAGCACCAUACCUAGUGAGUUAUGUAGGUUAGAUAGAUUCCAGAUAAAGACUCCUAGAAAGAAUCCAACUAGCAGGACCCCAAGGACAGAGAGCAUAGAAACCAUUGACAAAAGCCAAAAGCCACCCAAGGCCAUUCUCUGCCCAAUGCAUCUUAGGGUGACCUGUAUGUAGAGUACCCAAAGUCACUCCCCUUUUCCUUGUGAGUAGAGACCAAUAGCUGGGUAGUUUUGGAUGUACAUGGACAGAUCACUGUUAGGAAAACAGAGCAAAGGGUAGCUAGGUCUUAUCCUCUGAGUUAAGUCAUCCCCUUGUGGUUUCCUGAGGGAUACAACUCAGAGGCAGGAACCGUAAAAGGCUAAGGGGCAGCGUUUAAGGAGGAGAGUUGGGGCCAGAGUCUUAAGGAGAUGGUAACAGGUCACUCUGAGAUGAAAACAUGGUUUUAGCAGAAAAAAAAAAAAAGUUUUUAACAUGCCAGGAAACCCCAGAGUUGAAUGUCAAGUAACAUGUCCACCUUUAACUGUAAACCUAUUAGCUAUAGUAGUCAGUCUGGGAGGCUGAAACUUCCACCAUACUAUUAGCCCAGUCUCCCUAGCUAUCUAGCUAGUGCUACCUCUGGAAAAUAGGCAAAGACACAAGCCUCGGAUCUCGGAUAUCUGAGGCUGAGGUUGUGGGUUUUCUUAGUAGGACGCUGUGUGCCAGUGUGGCAUAUGCCCUCUGCACAUCCCCCCACCAUGCCCCAGGACUCUAUUAUCACUUUGAGGUCGGGGGCUGGGUGUGACAUGGCUCCACACUCUAGAGACAUCUUCACUUGCUGCUUGGGAUAGUGGGAUUGUCCAUGGUGGUGAGGGCAGAUGGAGCUCUUUGGGGGUAGUGCACAAAUUGAGUAGAGACAAGCUGGAGUGGUCGUCCAUAAGCCAUAGUCCACAUCAGGGAUUCCCCACCACCACCAUACCUCUCUGCUCAGCUAUGUAGAGUGUGCUAUGGUUCCUCUCCCUGCUGCAUUAGAACUCUGAAGGCUGGAGAUGGUAUUAGUUCUUGGAAAUGGUUACCCGAGCUUCAGCAUCCUCUGGGUCUCCAUGGCCUGGAGGUGGGAUGGCAGAGGAGAAAUGAAGGGCUCACUUCACUCCUGUACCACCCCAGCUCUUCCUUGCCUCUUAGCCCUGGGUUCCCUAUGCCUUCCAGUUCUGUUCUUGGCUGUUCCUAAGUCCACAGCCUGUGGGUCAGAGGCUGCCUGGCUUCCUUCUAACGUCUCUGUUUUUUUGUUUCUCCUUUUCUUUUGCUGAACCCUUUACCCCGCACCCCCGCCAGAAGGCAAUGUUGAGCCGAAAGCGUGCGUCCCAGUGUCUCACACCUGUGCUCUUUAAACACAGAGACCUGCCAAGACGCCCUCUCGUCCAACUAUGCCCACGCUGAAGUCCUCACCCUCUCUUAGAGUGGCGCCAACGUGAGAAAGACAGACAGACAGACAGACAGAAAGCCAGAGGCUUAGGAAAACUCUGGAACCCAGGCACGAAUCUUUUGCUGGGAAAGACUCAGAUAUCCUUGUUUGCACAAGACUGGUGGAAAAACCUCCCAUGCGACUCUCAGGGCCCAGAGCCAUCUGGGUCUGAUACUCUGUUCUACUGUACAUUGAAGAGACAUAUAUGCACAUAUAGUAUCUAUAUUCAUACAUACUAUAUACUCUUGUGUGUAGUGCACGUGCUACUGGUGGUCUGUCUUCAUCGUUAGGCUAUGUCUCCCAAGUCCUCUUCCCACCCUGUUUCCCCUCCUCCCUUCCUUCAUGGAUUGUUUCUUCUGACCACGUGUAUGGGAUAUCCCAGGAAAUGUGUCCCUGGGACCUGCCCCUCCAGCUGGGUGGUCCCAGGCUGCUCUCACUUGGGGAUGUUUCCCCUGCCAGCAGGUGGCCUGUUGAAGUCAGUUGAAGGCAAGAUUGCCCUCCGGGGUCACUGCUUCACUAGCCCAACCCCACCCCAGAUUGGGGUUCUACCUCCCACCCCACACCCCAGUUUGUGGGGCAUUUCUAGGGGCUCUUUUGCAGCCUCUGUCACUCCUUCCAAUGCCCCUUCUGUGUCUGUGAUAGGGGGAAUUUCAUUUCUUUUGUGUGUCUCCUUUGUCCAUUUCUUUUCAAAGAUGCUGCUGGGCAGAUGGAAGGGGAUCUGUUUGCCCAUCUGGCUCAGGGGUCUGAGAAGGGGACACCUCGGGCGAGAGGAGACCAGUUGCAAUACUGUACUUCCUGGCCAGUGGCCAGAGGAUGCGUGCAAUAGCAGAGGCCGGGUGACCCCUUCAGCCUUGGCCUCUGCCCCUCCCUCAGCCCUUCCUGCCCAUCCUUGGUAUUGGUCAGUCCUUUUCUAAAGCUGUCCUCUUGUGUGUGUGUCUGAGGCACGCCUAGGCUGGGCCCACUGUGCCCUGUCUGCAUGCCCUCAACUGUCAUGCUGUGCUCGAGUACCAAUAAAGACAUCCGAGUGUCCUGCUGCUCCUCUGAGAGCA